AGGAGUGCAAGUUGCUGAUGAAGUGUGUCGCAUUUUUUAUGACAUGAAAGUUCGGAAAUGCUCUACACCAGAAGAAAUCAAGAAAAGAAAGAAGGCUGUCAUUUUUUGUCUCAGUGCAGACAAAAAGUGCAUUAUUGUAGAAGAAGGCAAAGAGAUCUUGGUUGGAGAUGUCGGUGUGACCAUAACUGAUCCUUUCAAGCAUUUUGUAGGAAUGCUUCCUGAAAAAGAUUGUCGCUACGCUUUGUAUGAUGCAAGCUUUGAAACCAAGGAAUCUAGAAAAGAGGAGUUGAUGUUCUUUUUGUGGGCACCAGAACUAGCACCUCUGAAAAGUAAAAUGAUCUAUGCAAGCUCCAAGGAUGCAAUCAAAAAGAAAUUCCAAGGCAUAAAACAUGAAUGCCAAGCAAAUGGGCCGGAAGACCUCAAUCGAGCUUGCAUUGCUGAGAAGCUAGGUGGAUCUUUAAUUGUAGCUUUUGAAGGAUGUCCUGUGUAGAUUAUUAUUCAGUGCCACAAACCAAAAGCUUCCAUGUUUAAUGUUUUCUUUCUAUAUAAGUAAAGCAAAUCUAUUUAGGCCAGGGUCUCACGAAAGGGGAGCUAUCUUCUAGAGUAAAUGAAAAAUUCUCUACACAUGUGCAGAUGGCCCUAAAUUAGUCUAAAGUUUUA